AUGUUCACCGAAAAGGGAAUCUUUCCCAUAGGCGAUGGCCUUUUGGAUGUAGAUGCCGAACGCUUUAACGGAUUGCUCGUGUCGCAUGACAUCAACGAGAUCUACGAGGUGGAACAGACGCCGUUUGCCAGGGGCAAAUUCGCCGCCGUUCGCCGUGCCAUUCACAAGAACACGGGCUCCCAUUUCGCGGCAAAGUUCUUGAAGCGACGCCGACGCGCACAGAGCAGCGACAAGGAGAUCAAACACGAGAUCGCCGUCCUAAUACUCUGCGAGGGCGAGGAGAACAUUGUCAAUCUGAAUGCGGUGCACGAGACCCGUUCGGACACAGCCCUGCUGCUGGAACUGGCCACUGGUGGCGAGCUGCAGACCAUACUGGACAACGAGGAGUGCCUGACAGAGGCCCAGGCCCGCCACUGCAUGCGAGAGGUGCUGAAGGCUCUCAAGUUUCUCCACGACCGAUCCAUUGCCCACCUGGACCUCAAGCCACAGAACAUUUUGCUCGCCAGCGAGCGUAUAGAAGAUGGCCUCAAGCUCUGUGACUUUGGAAUCUCGCGCGUUGUGUGCGAGUGCAUCAAUGUCCGCGAGAUGGCCGGCACACCCGACUACGUGGCCCCCGAGGUGCUCCAGUACGAGCCACUCUCCCUGCUGACGGACAUCUGGUCCGUGGGCGUUCUCACCUAUGUCUUGCUCUCCGGCUUCUCGCCCUUUGGCGGGAACACCAAGCAGGAGACCUUCCUCAAUAUCAAUGGGAGCAGUAGCAGCAUCUCAAAAAUACCCAUUGCCACCGGGAAGCUCCUGGGAAGCCCCAUAAGCAGCACCAGCACCAGCACAGAGACAACGACAGCCAUACACACGCUGACCAGCAAUGGACACGGACAGAGCAACACGGUCUGCCUGUCCGCCAAGCCCACUCAGAUCGCCACCAUCCAGCUGGGCAGCAACGGCCUCGACGAGUUCGCCACAGUGGUGGCCACCCUGACACUCUUUCCCGAUGCGCCCACCACACCGAAAGUGAUCCGCAAGGCACCCACGGGAGAGUCCCAUGGAUCGGCCACCUCGGUGAAGGCUCUGGUCAAGAAGUUUCAGCUGGAGGAGACGCUAGGAAGGAAAAGGAGGCCCCUUUCUGAUGACGCUGCCGCCUGA